CUUAAAGCCGCGGUCGGGACAGGGAAGGAAGAAGCCCCACUGCCAGCGUCCGGCCAUGGCCCGCGACCGCGGCCCGCCCGUGCUGUGGCAGUCCCCGGCUUCCCCGCGCCUGCCUGCAGCCGCUCUGCCGGCCGAGGCCCGCGGCUGGGGCUGGCUGGGAGCGGGGCUGUGGCCGGCGCUGGUGGUGGGGCUCCUGGCCGCCCUGGUCGCCUGGUUCUGGUACGGCGGCAACGACGGACGGGGAGAGGAGAGCGGCGAGGCGGCCCCGGCGGUCCAGCGGGCGAGGGGAGAGGCGGAGGCUGCAGAGGACCUUCUGGUGAGCAGUGAGGAAGUGCUGCGGCAGGCAAAGGCUGCUGCUCUGUCCAGCCUUCAGAAACCAGGAGAGGAUUUGACGGCGGCACCAGGGAGUGAACUCAACCAUACCCCGAGCGGUACAGCUUCCUGUAAAUCUCCAGAGACCGAGCAACUGCUGCCAAAGCAGUGUGUCACCUCCUCGGAGACUGACGCUGGGCAGCGUCUGGCUGAUGAACGUGAUGGCCAGGGAGAAUCGAGACCACAGGUGGGGCAGGCGGGUGAGGGAUGGUGCGUGAUGAACUUGGCUGGAGCCUCUGGUGAGGUUUGUAAGGACAGAAGUGAGGAGAAGCUGUGCCAGCCAGCCGAGAGCCGUGAAUUGGACCAUGAAGAUUGGGAAGUUGUUUCUGAGCACCUGGACUGGGGGGAGGCUGGUCAGAAUGGCAGCAUGGAAGACUCAGACAGCAAAGAAUGGGAACAAGGAGACUGCUCUGAUGGGGACUUGAAAGCAAAGAGAGUUGCAGCGGUGCCCCCAAUGUUUCAAAACAUCCACGUGACUUUCCGUGUGCACUACAUCACACACUCUGCUGCUCAGUUGAUUGGUGUUACCGGUGACCACGAGUGUCUCGGGCAGUGGCACAGUUAUGUUCCCCUCAAGUAUGACAAGGAUGGCUUCUGGUCUGAGUCUGUCACCUUGCCGGUGGACACCAAAGUAGAGUGGAAAUUUAUCUUGGUGGAGAACGGGAAGGUCACACGUUGGGAGGAAUGCAGUAAUAGGACCCUAGUGACUGAACACGAAGAUCAAAUCGCUCAUCAGUGGUGGGGAUACCACUGACUGGAUUUUGGACACUGCUUAUCUAAACCUGCUUAGAUUAAUCACAGAGCCCCUAAACUUUCUCCCCUCUUCAGUAGGAUCCCUUUGUGACUGCGCCGCUCCGUAAGUCCCGUAUCAAAUCUGAUUAAACUGUGUGAGCAGUAGAUCUUGGUUGCUCCCCUUUCUCCCCCCCCCAAUUUGGAAGUCACUUGGCAACCUGAAAAACCAAUGUUGGCCAUCUUCUGAAGAUGUGCCAAGUAGGAUAUGAAGGCAUGAGCAGCAUUCUGAGCUGCUGCCUGUCUCUAACUCUGGACCCUGGACUUGAGUUGACCCUUGACAGUUUGUGCUGCUUUGAGUGGGGCUGUGGGAUGCAUCUUUGUGCUGAUGGCUUAGGGCUAUAAAAGCAUACUAAGAAGCAUGGUUACCUACACUGUAAGAUGAACUUAAAUGUUUUAACUUAUGUAAUGUAUCAAGUAAGCAAUAAACACUUUCAGACUGAUGGUCCUUUAUAACACAACCUGUGAACUGACUGUCUAUAAAUUGCAUAGAAUAGAGUUGGGUUCCUUGACUGGAAAUAUUAGUGCUAAAUGACUCCUGAAAAGUAGCAGGCACUCUUUAGAGUGACAAUGGUUUAAGUACUUUGUUUCUUACUCCCUGCUCUCUAGGAAGCACCCCAGCUCAAAUGAAGGCUUGGCAGAUGCAUUUAUUUAUUUUCACUUCUAUCAUCACAGUGAGAUAGAGAGUAAAGGUCAGAAACAACUGUCUGGGCUUAAUAAAUUACUUUGUCAGAGUGGGAACAGGCUUUAAAAAAACAAACAGAACUAAAGCUGUUGUAAUAAUCAGGGGAUAGGAUUUUUCCUGAAAUAGCAUAUGCUUCCAGGGCAUAUGUUGCUUAUGAAAACAUUAAAUUGUGGCUAACAAAUACUUGGAAUGCUUGUUUCAAGACUAGUCUUUAUUGUGUGAAAGCUUAAGUAGCCUUCUAAGUAAGCCAGAGCAUGCAGAACACUUCCAGCAUCAACUUGUUGCUUCUGUUUUGUAAAAAUAAGAGAUCUGCCCCACUGGCUGCUUCUCAUAUUGUUAGUUCCAAAUACGAUGCUUCUUGCAGCAAGCUCUUCCCAAAAACGAGGAACCUAGUUUGCAAAUAUCCCUUCACUACAACAAACUUGCUCUGGAGAGCAUAGUUUCAUUGGAGGUUUAGAACAUACACUUUAAAAACCCAUUGCAAAGCUCUUGUCUCUGCUUAUGUUUUCCUGUUUUACAUGGUGGAGCCGUCUGAGUAGGUGAAUUAGACUGUUUCUGAGCUAGUUUGUGUUCUCAGGUAAACCAAGCCCCUCCCAAUGAUCAUAUAUAUAUAUAUGAGAGCAUAUAUAUAUAUAUGAGAGCAACUUGUUCUGCAAGUUAGUUACUUCAGAUAACGACAUUAUCUUUGCUUGCUGGUUGUCUUGAACAACCUGAAGAUUCAGGCGAGGAAGUUUGUUUUCCUUCCUCAAGAGACCUUUGCUACCUGAGAAUAAGGUAGGAAAUGGGGGUGAGAGUUGAAUUCAAGACUUGCUGCAUUUUUUUUUGCUUACUGCUUGCCUAGGAUGAAAAGCACCUCCUUCAGUGUGAGAAGUGUUGUAGGGUCUGGAAGGUAUGUGGGGUCACUAGUGACUGGGCACUAAGGGGGAGGAAUGAGCUGACAGUGCAGGAGCUGAUUGCUGCUACUUCAGUGAUCUUAAAUAGGUAGAAGCAUACACACUGCUCCUGAACUCUCAACUGACAACUAAAAUGGGACUUAAUCAUUUACUACAUGAAUUUAAAAGGCUUAGGACCUAUUUAGCAUAACUUAGGUUUAAAAAGUAUUAGCAUGAGUCUCAUUUCAUCAAAGGGGCUACUGCUUAUUUGUAACAACUAUUUAUCCUCUUUAAUUAUGACUGUGCUUACCAUGUGCUAGCAGAAAGCUAAGUUCUGUCCAUGUGCACUGCCAGUGAAUAUAAAACACUUGUGCAGGCUUCAGUUGGUAACAUAUGGCUUCAGUUGAAUAAGAACUAUGCAGAAAUGAAUUGCCUUGAACCUUACCUGCAUUUUUUGCUCUUACCUAAUAAAGAGAAUAACAUACCCAAUAUGUUGUAGGCUUAUCUGAGAAGAUUAAUGGUGGUAUUAGAUUAAGGUAUUCACCAGAAAGCCACUUGACCUACACUAGAAUAGAUUCCUUAAUGCAAUAAUGAACGUGUUACAAACAGGCUAACCCUGAGAAGUCUCUCAAACUGAGGGCAAUAUUUUAGUUAAACACCAUGCACUUUGAUCCAACAGGCUGCACGUACAGUCCUCAUGGUCUCAUCAUCUUGCUCAGCGAUUGAACUGGGUUCUACAGAGAUGUGCAAUGUGUUUUUACUGUGAAAUCUAAAUUAUCAUCCUACUCACAUCACUGCUUGCCCUGCAGGACAUAUGCUACAU